AUGGCCUCUAGCUCCCCGGUCCCGCGCUCCUUGCUGGCCUCGGCGGCCUUCCGCCCGGUGCGCAGCGUGCUGCGGGCCCGCUACCGGGACGUCCUGGGACUGACCGAGUUCGUGCAGCGCCUCGAGAACGAGGCUCAGUCCGCGCCGGGCCCCGAGAAUAGCCCGGACGAGCAUGUAGCCGUGCAGCUGCUGCGCAGCGGGGACCCCGAGGUCUUCCACGUUUUUGUGUCCCGGUGUGUGGUGUGUGUGCCCUGGGAUGCCCGGCCCCUCCCCCGGCCUCUCACCUUCCAGCAGCUGUCUUCCCAGAAGGAGGUAGUUGCUAGAAUUGUCCAGAGGAUUUGUGAAAAGAAAAAAAAGAAUAUUCUGGCCUUUGGAUACACUCUGUUAGAGGAAAACAGAAUGUCAUUACCAGUUAUGUUUACAAGAAACGUCUAUAACUAUCACCCGAACACAAUAACAGAAACAAUUAGCGUCAGUGCUUUGUGGGAGAUGCUUCUAAGCAGGAUAGGAGAUGAUGUGAUGAUGUAUAUGUUAGAGCACUGUUCCCUUUUCAUGAUGGUACCCCCAAGCUGCUGUUACCAGAUCUCUGGGCUACCUAUCUAUGAACUCUGUUUAAAAGAUUCUGUCUCUCCAUCUGGGUUCAUGCGGAGAAAAUACCCAAGGCAGAAAACAAAUGCCUCACUUGACAAUGUCAGAAAGAAGAUUUCCUUCCACAGAAAAUCCUCAGUCAAACUGGAUCUGAGGAAAGAGAUGCUUAGAUCCAAAGACAAGACCUUAAAAGUUGUAGGUCAGAACCAGAAUAGUGCAGAGGAUCUGGUGGAAGAAUCCCUUCAAGACAGAUCUGAAGUUUCCUGUGGGACUGAGCAGGGAUCUAAUGUUGACCAAAUAGAAGAACAAGCCAAAACCCAUUCGGUACAUUCCAUGAUGGCUCUGUUAUCAAAAAGGCAAAGGGAGGAUGAGGAAGAAAGUGAGAUUUCAGCAAAGCGGCCAAAGAAAGAGGAGUGUCUUCACGAAAACGGAAAAGAGCUGGUCUUGGAACAGGGUUUUGAACUUCAUGAAAAUGAGUCUAAUUCAGACAGUUCUGAGAACGUAACUCAAAGAUCAGUGGAAAUCUACUCUUCAGAGCAUUUCUCCAGUGAGAAAUGUGCCAUUGGAGAAGAUGGUGGUGGGGAGGAAUGUUUCAUUGAGCCCAAGGGUGGCCUCUCCCUUUUGGAACAUAACGAUGGGGAUUUAGCAUGCCAUGAUUCUUCGAUGAUCAAAUCUACUCCUGAAGGUGAAACAGAAGCCAGAUCUUCAGAAGAAGGUUUGGAAGGAGGGACAGAACAAACUGAUGUCAUUUUCUCACAUCCACUGUGCCCUGGGAAUGAACCACCAAAGAGACUGAGAAGUGCCUCCGGCUCCAUUGUAUACAUUAACAGGAAACGUUUCUUAUAUUCUGCCCGCAACUUCAGAGAAUGUUUGCCUACAUCAUUUCUGCUCAACCAUUUACAUGAUUCACUAUCUGGGGGUCAAAGGCUGGUUGAAACCAUUUUCUUAACCAGUCAUCUCUUUGAGCAGAAAGGUGACCCACAGCCGCAAAGGACCCCCUGGAAAAAGAGACGUCUCCCCAAACGUUAUUGGCAGAUGCGCCACCUGUUUAAGGAAUUGAUAAAGAAUCACCGAAAGUGUCCUUAUUUCAUGCUUCUAAAAAAGAACUGUCCCCUGAGGUUUUCAGCAGCCAAAGCAGAUCCUUCCAACCCACUGAAAAAGCCACAGUCCAUUGCUUCCAGCUCUUUAACCGAAGCUGAGGAAAUGCAGAGUCAAAUCCAAGACCAAGACCAACUGAUGUCUGAAGCACCCUUGAGCUGUGGAAGUAACAACACGGAGAAGCCUAGUUGCUCAUUUAUAGACCAGAUGCCUGAUAAAGAAUCAGCCCUUUCCAGUAGGAUUUCUAAAAAAACACAGCCAGGGUCAUGUGCAGUUGGGAAGAGUGUGUUCCCAGGCAAGGGUGGUGGUGAUGUCCUACAGCUUCUCAGCUGGCACAGCAGUCCUUGGCGGGUGUAUAUGUUUCUGAGGGAGUGUCUUCACCGUGUGGUGCCUGCUGAACUCUGGGGAUCAACUCACAACAAGUGCCGCUUCUUUAAGAAUGUAAGGAAGUUCCUUACCCUGGGAAAACAUGACAAGUUUUCUCUUCGGGAGCUGAUGUGGAAGAUGCGAGUGAAGGACUGCACUUGGCUUGCCCUGGUCAAAGGGAAUCACUUUGUUCCAGCCUCAGAACACCAUUUGCGUGAAGAGAUCUUGGCCAAAUUUGUAUACUGGUUGAUGGACACCUACGUGGUUGAAUUGCUUAGGUCCUUUUUUUAUGUCACCGAGACCAUGUUCCAGAAAAAUAGGCUCUUCUUCUACCGGAAGUGUGUUUGGAGCAAGCUGCAAAAUAUUGGCAUCAGAAAACACUUUAAUAAAGUGCAUCUUAGAGCAUUGUCAGAAGAGGAGAUUAAGCAAAUUUCAGAUGCGAGAUUUAUCUGCCUGGCAUCUAGACUCCGGUUCGUCCCCAAACCCAAUGGGCUUCGGCCAAUUGUGAAUGUAGAUAGCAUCAUUGGAGCCAAAGUUUCUAAUAAGGGAACCAAAGCUAAGAAGAUAAGGUGCUUUAAUGGCCAGCUUAAAAACCUGUUCAGUGUUCUGAAUUACGAGCGGACCUUACACCCUGAUGUCUUGGGGUCUUCGUUGUUUGGGAUUGAUGGCAUUUAUAAAGAAUGGCGGCAGUUUGUGCUCAGAGUGCGGCAGUCCAAAGACAAAGUGUCCAACUUUUACUUUGUGAAGGCCGACGUGACGGGUGCUUAUGAUACCAUCCCCCAUGAUAAGCUUGUCGAAGUGAUCUCCAGCAUCAUUAAGCCUGAAGAGAAGAAAGUCUACUGUAUCAGACGUUAUGCUGUAGUCCAGAAGAAUGUCCACGGAAACAUCCAGAAAUCCUUUAAAAGACACGUUUCCACUUACAAGGAUGCCUUGCCUUAUAUGAACCAGUUUGUGGCGCAUUUGCAAGAGACCACCUCUCUACAGAAUGCCAUCGUGGUUGAACAGAGCUCUUCCCUGAACGAGACCAGUAUCAACCUCUUUGCUUUCUUUUUGCAUCUGAUUCAUAACAGCAUCCUGAAGAUCAAGAACAGGUACUACGUCCAAUGCCAGGGCAUCCCGCAAGGCUCCGUUCUGUCCACGCUGCUCUGUAGUUUAUGCUACGGAAACAUGGAGAACAAAGUGUUUCCUGGAAUUCAGCAGGAUGGAUUGUUGAUCCGACUGAUUGAUGACUUCCUGCUUGUGACUCCUCACUUAACACAAGCCAAAGUCUUCCUAAGGACUCUGGCAAAAGGUAUUCCUGAGUAUGGCUGUUUAAUAAACCCUAAGAAGACAGUGGUGAAUUUUCCUGUGGAAGAGGACAUUCUAAGUGACUCUGACUUUACCCAGUUACCAGCCCACUGCCUAUUCCCGUGGUGUGGUUUAUUACUGGAUACAAGGACCCUAAACGUGUUUUGUGACUAUUCCAACUACUCCCGUACCUCCAUUAGAACCAGCCUUUCCUUUGACCAUGGCGUCAAAGCGGGGAGGAACAUGCGGAACAAGCUGGUCGCCGUGCUCAGGAUGAAGUGUCACAGUCUGUUUCUGGAUUUACAGGUGAACAGUCUUCAAACUGUCUACAUAAACGUUUACAAGAUAUUUUUACUGCAGGCCUACAGGUUUCAUGCAUGUGUUCUCAAGCUGCCAUUUAAUCAGCAAGUCAGAAAAAACCCUGGCUUUUUUCUCUCAGUCAUUUCGGACAUCAUAGCAUGCUGCUAUUCCAUUCUGAAAGCCAGGAAUCCAGGAGUUACUCUGGGUGCCAAAGGAGCCUCAGGUCCAUUCCCUUUUGAAGCAGCACGUUGGCUGUGCUAUCAUGCUUUCUUAGUUAAGCUGGUGAAUCACAGGAUAAUCUACAAGUGUCUUCUGGGAACUCUCAAAAUAAGCAAACUGCAGUUAUUCCGGCAGAUCCCAAAGGCUACGAUGUACAUGCUAAAGACAGCAACAGACCCAUCACUCUCUCAAGAUUUCAAAAUGAUAUUAGAUUAGCUGCUUGAGUCAUUCGUUUCUCUGGGUUGAAUUGAGAUGAGUAACAGGUACUAUACUAGAGUGCCUUUUUUCCCUGCCUCAAACUUUUUUUUCGUUAACAGUCUUUAUUUCUCAGUGAGAAAAGGCCCAUGUUUCCUUGCUGCAGGGUCUGACUCAUGGACUGAUUUUCUAGUUA